AUAGAAAUGGCUUUAUGGAUCUGGACACUGAGCAUUUUGAGCUGUUUUUGCAUCACCUUAUCCAGAAAUGAGGAACUGAAAUUUUUUCAGAGUGCUACAGAGCUAAAUCAUCUAACAGUGGAUAAUGACACUGGGAUAAUCUAUCUGGGAGUGGUAAAUGCUCUAUAUCAGCUUACAGAAAACCUGGAUGUAAUAAGGUCUGUAGAAACAGGUCCAAGAAAGGACAACAAAAAGUGCACACCUCCCAUUGAUGAAAAUCAAUGUAAAGAGGCAGUACUGACUGACAAUUAUAACAAAUUACUGUUGCUGAACAAGGCGGAUAAAACAAUCGUGGUGUGUGGAAGCCUUUUUAAGGGAAUCUGUGCCAUCAGAGAUCUAGAAGACAUUAGCAAUGAGAAGUAUUAUGUAGACAGUAGUGGAGAAAAGUCCUUUGUGGCAAGCAACGACGAGAAUGUAUCAACCGUGGGAUUGAUCACUUCCUUGAACAACGACCGAGUGCUGUUUGUUGGGAAAGGGAAUGGACCAAAUGAUAAUGGGAUAAUAAUCAGCACUCGGCAGCUCUACGAAAGGGAUGGAAAAGACAUUUUUGAAAUGUAUACAGACUCGGCAGCUGUUAAGUCAGCUUAUCACUCAUCAAGCACACAACAAUUUGUGGCGGUCUUUGAGGAUAAAAAUUAUGUUUAUUUUAUUUUUAAUCAGCAAGAGAAACAGCCCGUCAAUAACCGCACACUGAUUGCGCGUCUGUGCAAAGAUGAUGCCCAUUAUUAUUCCUACUUCGAAAUGGACUUGGGUUGCAAAGAUGAUGAUGGUGCUUAUGACCACUGUCAUUCUGCUUAUGUCACUACCCCAGGAGAAGAGCUGGCCGAGAGCAUGGCUCAGCAGAGACAAACUACAGAUUCUCUCUCAGAUGACAAAGUUCUUCUUGCACUCUUCAGCAAAGUGAACAAAGAUGAUGGCUCUCUAAAAUCUGCCAUGUGUGUGUUUUCCUUGCGGCACAUCAAUGAAAAGAUGGAAAAAAACAGGAACGAUUGCUACACUAAAAAGAAUACCAGCUCAUUUUACAAACUUUUUGCAGCAGAAAACCCGUGUGCAUUACAUGGACUGAAUGCAAGCAAAAAUUUCCCCUGUGGCUCCGAACACUUGCCGUACCUUUUGGGAAGUAAGAAUGGUGUUAUAGAGAAGCCGGUACUACAAAAAGAAGAGAUGAAUCUCACGGCCGUCACUGUGGCUGUGGAGAACGGGCAUACCGUGGCUUUUCUGGGAACAUCAGAUGGUAAAAUUCUUAAGGUGUUCCUGUCAUCCACUGCAACUGAGUACAGCUCUCUUACUAUUGAACUAAACAAACCCAUAAAGAAUGACCUGGUCCUUGACAAAACCCAAGAAAAUCUGUAUGUGAUGACCACAGACAAGGUGCAUCGGCUACCUGUGCAGGACUGCCACAAAUAUUCGGACUGUGAGCAGUGUACUCAAGCGAAGGAUCCGUACUGCGGUUGGUGUGUGAGAGAGGGCAGGUGCACAAAGAAGGCAGACUGUGGAACAGCUGAUAAGGAGAACCACUGGCUGUGGAGUCCAAGCGGCACAUGCAUGACUAUCAUCAGUGCAAACCCUCUAAACAUGAGUCGAAGAGCUCCUGCUAAGGUGGAACUGACUGUAAGUCCAUUACCAACUCUGACUGAGAGUGACCAGAUUUUCUGUACAUUUGGUGAAACAACCCAUUAUGCUCAAUUAAAAGAAGGGGUUAUUAUCUGUGAUCCGCCCGAUAUUAUUCCUCCAACACCAAAAGGUCAAGAUCAUGUUUCAGUUCCACUUCAGUUAACCUUUGGAAAUAAUAAGAUAUUUUUUGCGUCGCAUACUUACCCUUUUUAUGACUGUGAAGAAGCAAUGAAUCUUUUCAAAAAUCAGCCAUGCUAUUCCUGUGCAAGCAAUAGAUGGAAUUGCCAGUGGGACUGGAAGAGACAUAUCUGUGAAGAGUCCUCUUCAAUACAGGAUGUGAUUAAACAAAAUAUGGAAGAAGACUGCCCGCAGUUUCUAAACCCUAACCCUCCAAUAAUACCUAUGGAGUAUCGAACAAAGGUGUAUUUUGAGGGAAGACAUCUAGCUUAUUAUCAGAAUAAAGAAUUUGUCGUUGGAAACAGCCAAUUUGAAUUCGAAGCUUCUGUUGAAUCAGAUGAAGGAAAAUUUUCAUUCAUGAGUAAAGAGUUCUCCUAUAGUGCAAAUGAGACCUUACAGCUUAACUUAUCCAUAAGAGCAGAUAAGGUCAAGAUUGACAGCAAACUGAUGGUGACUCUGUACAACUGCUCUUAUGGACGAAGCGACUGCAGCUUAUGCCUCGCGGCCCAUGACGACUAUAAGUGUGUCUGGUGUGAAGAAGAUGGCAAGCCCAGCAAGUGUGUUUAUGAAAAGCUCUGUCACGCUCCUCCUACUGACACAUGUCCUCAUCCAGAAAUCACUCGCAUUGAGCCAAAAACUGGACCACUAAGUGGUGGAAUUCUUUUGACCAUAAUGGGAUCUAAUUUGGGAAUAAAAGCAGAAGAUGUAAAAAAUAUAACAGUGGCAGACGAGGAAUGUCUUUUCAAAGAGGAAUUCUACUCUGUUUCCACAAGGUAA